UUGCGAGUAUUUUGCCAGUCUCACUAAGGUGAGGGAGUAGUCAAGUGAUCUUAAAGUGAAGUCUAGCUUUUGGGGACUACCUAAAACAUUUAAGAAUAAUCCCUGCUAAAAAUGGAGUACAACUGUACUUUAAUAUUUUACGGUGUGGUCGCAUUGGUGAUCCUUGGUUAUUUAUGGGUAAAAAAGAACUACAGAUUUUUCGAGAAAAGAGGAAUUCCAUUUGUUACACCGAAAUUUCCUUUGGGAAAUCUAUGGGGAGUUGGAACAAAAAGGCACGCUGGAAUGCUUGUUCUUGAAGCUUAUUCUAAAUUGAAAGGAAGAGAUAUUCUUGGUGGAGUCUUCUUUUUUAUCCGGCCAGUAGUGAUGCCGGUGGAUUUGGAUUUGAUAAAGCAUAUAUUGGUGAAAGACUUCCAAUAUUUCCACGAUCGAGGUGUCUACGUCAAUGAACGAGAUGAUCCACUUACGGCCCAUUUAUUUGCAAUUUCUGGUCAAAAGUGGAAGCAUUUGCGGGCAAAAUUGAGCCCAACUUUUACAUCUGGCAAAAUGAAGAUGAUGCACAGCACGAUUAUUGCUGUUGCUCAAGAAUUCCAGCAAUAUUUGGGAGAAUGUGCUGAUAAUAAGGAAGAAGUUGAAAUUAAAGAUAUUUUGGGCCGUUUUACAACAGACGUUAUUGGAAGCUGUGCUUUCGGCGUUGAAUGUAAUAGUUUAAAAGAUCCCCACACAGAAUUUCGUAAAAUGGGAAAAAGAGUAUUUGAAUUUAAAGGUUUUGAGAUAUUGAAAGUCUUUUUCUUAACAAUGUUUCCAAAUAUUGGUAAAAUACUUCGUAUGAGAGCAAUUAAAAAAGAAGUUUCUGAGUUCUUUAUGAGACUUUUGAGAGAAACUACUGAAUAUCGUGAAAAGAACAAUGUGAAAAGAAAUGACUUUCUUUCCUUACUAUUACAAAUUAAAAAUACUGGAAAAUUGGAAGGUGAUGAUGUUGAUCUUGGUAAAAUGAGCUUUAAUGAGUUAGCAGCACAAACAUUUGUCUUUUUCGUCGCUGGUUUCGAAACAUCAUCGUCUACGAUGACUUUCGCACUCUACGAAUUAGCUCUACAUCAAGAUAUUCAAGAUAAGGCCAGAAAAGAAGUUAAUAGAAUUCUCGAAAAGUACAACAGCCAGUAUACUUACGAAGCUUGCAUGGAAAUGAAAUAUAUCGAUCAGAUAAUUAAAGAAACAUUGAGGAUGCACCCAAUUGUACCAAACUUGGUAAGAACUCUAACUAAGGACUACAAGAUUCCCGAUCGUGAUUACGUGUUUAAGAAGGGAACAUUCUUCAGUAUUCCCGUAUUUGGUAUCCACCGCGAUGCAGAUAUUUAUCCUGAGCCAAAUAAAUUCGAUCCUGAUCGAUUCACCGAAGAGAAUAUCAAGAAUCGACAUCAAUUCUCAUGGCUCCCGUUCGGAGAUGGUCCACGGAAUUGCGUUGGCAUGAGAUUCGGGAUGAUGCAGACUAGGGUUGGUUUGGCUACUCUACUAAGCAAAUACAGGAUUACUCCGACAUCUAAAACAUUAAUUCCAAUGGAAUACGGAGCAACAGGUCCAGUUCUUUCCCCAAAAGGUGGAAUGUGGCUGAAGAUUGAAAAGUUCUAAUCUACUUAGAUUGUACCUCAACAGUAUAAAAUGACGAAGCAUUUUGACAUUUCAUUUGUUAUCAUGUUUUAAUAAAUUUAUGACUAUCUGAUUUUUCAAGUAUGUAUACCUCUUAAUAUAUGUACGUAAUGUAUUAUAAUCUUUCAAAGCAAUAAAAGGAGAUAUUAGA